UUAAUUCUAAAUAUCCUUUUUAGUUUCUCUGCCUUUUUUCAGACCUCACUUUUCUCCCCAAACAGAGAUGUAUGAAGUGAUCUUAACCAGCUCCCCGGAGGGUCCAAUAACAGCAUUUGAUGCUUCCACCGGCGCCACCGUUGCACAAUUCACCGGCAGCCGGUCACCAUGUCGCGGCCUCGCAGUGACAAGCAAGGGACUCAUUGCAGCUGCCCAUGUGUCCUCAGACUCAGGAUCAGGCUCAAUUCACAUCUACAAUUGGUUCACUUCAUCAGUUUUCCACAACAUCCCUCUUCCCGAACCCGUCGCUCCAUUAGCCACCACCUCCACUGGCGACUUUCUCUUCGCAGGCGGGGUGUCGGGGAGUAUACACUCUCUCUCACUCCCUUCUGGAGAUAUCAUUAAAUCAUUCACUCCUCACUCAAAACCCGUUUCCACUCUCCACCUCAGUGAUGAUGGGUCGCUAUUGUUUUCGGGUAAUGAUGAUGGCACUAUUGUUGUGAUUCAAUCUUUUAAGCUUGUAGAUGAUUCACCUUCGUGUAGUGACCCAAUCAUACACAAAUGGAAGGCACAUUCUGAAUCAGUGACAAAUUUCAUCACUGGAGUUGGGAUUUGUACUUGUACAUUGGUUUCUUGCUCGAUGGACUGCACGUGUAAGUUUUGGAGCUUAACAAACGGGAUAAUUCAAAUGCGAACUGUGACAUUCCCAUGUGCAAUUUUUGGGUUUGUUAUGGAUUCAACAGAGUCAGGGUUCUAUGCUGCUGGUUCAGAUGGGUUUAUUUAUAAAGGGUUAAUUAAGGUAGGUAGUAGAAAAAUGUUUGGAAAAGGAAAAGCUUAUGAAUUGGUUAAUUGGGGUAAAACCAAAAGGCAUGGUGGAUCAAUUGUGUCUUUGUUUUUGGUGAAUGAAGGGAGAAAUUUGGUGUCUGGUUCAGAAGAUGGGAGUGUUUGGAUGUGGGAUGUUGAGGAAGGUGAAGUGAUUAUGGUGUUGGUGAAUGAUCAAAUAUUGGGAAGAACAAGAAGCAUUAGUGAUAUGAUAGUGGUGAAAGGGACUAAUAAUAAUAAUGGGUUUAGUGUUACAAGUGGUGAAGGUGGUAGGGGAUUCAGUUCUACUGGAUUAUGUGAUGAAGAGAUGAUUAGGACUUUGAAGCAAAUUACAGAGGUUGGAAAUUUGAUGGAUGUUGCAGUUCAUGACAAGGGAAGAGCCAUUGAUAUGCUUGAAUCUACAAUUGCAAUGUAUGAGAGGCUAUUGAGGCUUAUUCUUCGGGAAGCUACAAAAGCAAUUGAAGAGACAGACGGAGAUGAAGACAAGGAUAACAAAGGGAAGAAAGAUUAGAAUUAAGAUUUGAAGGAAGUCAUUCAAUGAAAAGUUAUAUUACGGGUGAUGCUAAUAAAUGUCAUUAACGACAUUUAUUCAGAAAUUAAAAAAAAAAUAAUAUGUAAAAAAAAUUAAAAUUUUAAA